GCCCUCUCUCCUCUCUGUCGCCCUCCAUUCCGACAACAACAAAUAGCACCUGAUCGCCGCACAGCACACCGAGCCUCCAUCGGAUAAAGGGAGAAAGCACAGGCUGCGGGUGGGAUCUGCUUGAGCCAUGACCACCUUGAUGUCCCCCUCUGCGGGCUACCAAUUCAUGCCCACCGCCCCACAUACAAAACCGCGUCGUCGCACAGGUAUACUCCUCAACGGCUCACCAUCAUCCUCAGCACCCAACUCUCCGAAGUGCGCGACAUACCUUGCUCCAAGUUCAUCGAGUGCUGCCGCUGGUAUCCAUCAAGUCCCGUUCUCCUCCCACUCCUCUGCGUCCUCAAGCACUUCUUCGACUGACGACAUCCUUUCCUCCACCUCAGCAACCAGCGCAGGCGGCACCAUGGCAUCUUCAUCAAAGCAGUCUUCGCGGAAAAUUCGGUUCGCUCCACUCCCAGAGCCACGACGCGACGAAUAUGAUGAGGAUCUUCUCUCACCCGGCUUUUACGAGGUUGAUAGCGCAGCCUCGUCUCCGAACUUUGCGGCAUCCGCUCUGCAGUCCCCGUCUGUAUCUGCCAAUGUCAUACCGCCGACGCCCAUUCGCCUAGCCUUUCUGAAGGAGUCACAUGCUCAGGCUUCUGGUUCCACGCUCGGUCUUUCGUUCGACGGCACAGAUCCGACCGACAGUGGACAGGCGACCGAGACAAACACGAUCAUCGGAUCCGAAUGCGGUACCGACGAGACGCCUACAAUGUCGAACUCCAGGAAAAACCGUUGGUCAAAAUUACUUCGUCUACCAAAAGCAGGCCAGCUGAAGCAGCCGCCACGGACGCCUGACGAACACGGGCAAUUUACCCUUUGGCGUUCCUCCUCCCGCGAGUCAAAUGCCUCCGUAUGUUCUUCUCGAGCAAGUGUAUUCGGAUAUAUGUUCGGUUCGCACAGUGAGCCUAAUGGUAGCUCUACGAGCCUCGGGAACCCGAUUUCUCGUCGGAGAACCUUUACCGGUGCUGACUCCGCUCCCACGUCUCCGUUGUCUUUCCGCGGUGGGCUUUCACUGAAGCCUGUUACAAGCGAAGCCGGGACUGCCACGGCUCCUGCCGCUCGUAGCACGAAGACCUCCAGUGCACCUCCCACUGCAAGACGCGAGACACGUCUCUUAAACGGUCGCAUAUAUGGGCGCCGUCAGAAUGGCCCUCCAAAGAAUCUGUUUGCCAACAUCAAGGAUACAGAACCGGAAUUCGUUGAGUGGGGACACGGUGGGAUGGGUAGCGUACGAAACACGGCAGGAGCUGGCUCGUCUAAGUACGCGGCGCUGCAAUCGAACAGGAAAUUGAGUGUGGGUCAUGAUGACGGAUCUGGGGCUGCUGACGACGAUGAUGGUGGCGGUAUGGGUUGGGUGAGGAGGAGAAGGGAGGCGAGGGAGCGCGAAAGGAAAGAAAGAGAGGAACGUGAGGCGAGAGAGAAGACUGCUACAGAAGGAAAGACAGAACCGGACUCCGACGGUUCGAGGACCGGAGAGCGAGAAGAGUCGAAGCCAGAGCACGAUACGAAGGAGGUAUUGGGGCCUGUAUCGCCUAAGGAUGCGAGUGAGGACAAGGAACGUCGACUAUCUCGAGUGUCGGAGGAAACUCAGGCAGUUGUUGAACAGGCAGAGCAGAUGGAAGAGAAGGAUAAGAAGGGCAAGGAGCACGUCUAUACCGCAGUGAACGUCCCAGCCCCACGGCCACAUAAUGGUCGGUCGAACUCGCGUACCCAUUCGCUGUUGGGCUCCACCCAGCCGACGCCUGGUCACAGUGCCACAGCGACACCGACUGCCGAGAAGCUUCCAUUUAUGCUCACUACGACAUCGCCGCCUGGCUCGCCUACUGCAGCAAGUGCAUUAGGUCCGAGCCCACUCGCAUUGUCCGGCGUCACAGCUGAGGAUGAGGCAAGCAUGAUUAGCUCGAGUGCUAGUUCCAGCUUUGAGGACGAGAGCCCUGUUGGAGACAAAGAUGAAGACAGAGACGAAGAAGCUGAGGAUAGCGAGGAUGAAGAGGAUGAUGAACAGGCACGCAGAACUGCAAUUGCAAUUGGUGCGGGUGUGGAAAAGAUCUCGCGACACAAGGACUGAAGUCGCAAGUGCCAAUCCUUCCGCGCUACUUCGAGCAAAACGUAGCACCGAAAAUUCCCGCCUGGAUGCGUACCAGGCCCUCUUCCACCUCCGCAACCUCCCCAAGCUUCAAUUCGCUGUAGGCAAGACGCAUACGCCGCAUUCGGAGAUGGUCUUAUCUUCUCUUUCAUCUGUAACCAUGCUCAUCCCAACCCACUACAAAAUCAUACAACACUCUCCCCGCUCUAAUUGACAUUUCUGCAGCUAUAUCGUUAUUGUUUUUUCUUCUUUGGAUUCCUUUCUUUCUUCGGGAUUAGUUCUGUUGGGUCUGGCAAUGGGAAACUUCUUUUUCUUUUUUUCUUCUAUUUUUGAUACGUCCCGUGCGCCGAACACGACGCGAUUUGGAUGGAUCACUGCUUCGAGGCACGCUGCUGGACAUGCUUUGUACGUGUACAUCAAGAUGUGUGAUAUAUGGUGGUGAUGUACACCUACUUCAUUGCUAGUUGGUCCAUCUCCUAUCAUCUGAUCCCUUUGUUUUUUUUUUCGAACCGGUCCUUGUAUCUUGCCGCUGCAGCAACUUCUUCAGUCUCGGAUCUGGACCGGCAAAUUCCUUGGUCUCACAUUCGCCUUUACAGGCUUUCCUUUUUUACUACCCUAUCUUUUUGCGUAUCUCACUGUCUCAUUUUUAAUUUGGCAAUUUUUUCCACAAGAAUAUAUCUUUCCUGGUACAUUAUCAC